AUGGCUUGUGUCACCAUCUUCUGUGAAGUUUGUGAAGUGGAUGCUGCUAUUAUCACCAGGACCGUUAAUCUUGAGGAUGAAUAUUACGAUGUGAUAAUCAGUGAGAUAAAACCUAUCGUUGCUACUCCUGUUGGUGCAGUUCACACUACUGGUGUUGUUGAGACUCACGAUACUGCUUCUGAGAGUGCUGAGACUACAAAGGCCAGAGCUACUGUUCCUUUAGCCCUUCUUGUCGCUGUUGCACCAACUUUGAACCAUUGAGGAUCACGUUCCAAAUAUUGGUUUCCUGCUGGUAAGCUCACUCUUCUAUUUAUAAGAACUAUACCGUGAGCUAAAACUUUCAAGUGUAUUUGAAUUGAAAAGACUCAUACUGAGUUUAAAGAAACACUUUACUAUCUAACAAUCCACUGUGAGGCAUUGAAGACCCCAGAAAUGUACGCUAAUUCUUGUCAUCUCUUGGUUCCAUGACUCUCUCUCACAUAUACAACAUCGAUUGUUGGUAAGAUCUAUUUGAUUGUCC